AUGACACAACUGUCCAUGGUGGCAUCUUUGAAAAAAGCAGGUGUUUGGCAAAGGCUAGUACCCAGAGCAAAGCAGGGAUCCGGCGAGGAAAAGCUCAAAGCGGAGCAGGAAUCCGGUGAGAAAAAGCGUAAAGCCAGGCUUCACAUCAACGAUGAACUGUCCUUUGUAAUCAGCGAUGCAAAGGAAGCGUUAGAGUCAGCCCAUCUCGAGAUGGCUGGGGGCGCACCCGUUAAGCACAGGCGAACCCUUAGGAGCAAGUUUCACCUGCCAAGCAAAAAUGAUCGUCACUUCGCGCCUCUCAGCUAUACAUUGCGAAGAGGAUUUGAGGAGCGACUGCGUCGUUCCAGGCGAAAGGCGCGAGCCUGCGAAGAUCCACAGUUCAAGAGUAUCACAGAGGCUAGGGAGAUGUUACCUAUGAGAUCGAAGUCCUUCGCGCAGCCCGUUGUUGACCUCAUUGAAAACAACACCUAUAGCAUUGUCGUUGCAGAAACUGGAUCUGGAAAGUCCACCCAGAUUCCUCAGCUCAUUCUUGAUGCGGCGAUAGACAACUCUGUUGGUGCUGAUUGUCAAGUAUUGUGUGUUCAGCCACGGCGCAUCGCGGCAAAGAGCUUGGCACAUCGAGUUGCCGCAGAAAGACUCGAGGAAGUUGGUGAAAGUGUUGGUUACAUUUUGCGAGACGACUCCGUCCGACCAAUUCCGGGAGGAAAUAUUACCUUUUGCACCUCGGGAAUUCUGCUAAUGAUGUUGAGAAAUGGACUUUCUGUCCUAGGAAAGUACAGCCAUAUCAUCCUUGAUGAAGUCCACGUCCGUGACGCGCCACUCGAUCUGCUAAUGAUGCUCAUAAAAAUCCGCAUUGAACAACUUCAAAGUAUUGGACUUCGAGUGCCGAAGAUCACUAUCAUGAGCGCAACGGUCGACGUCAAUCUCUUCUCCUCCUACUUCUCCAACAAGGCACCAGAUGGGACAAUUGUGCCUGCUCCUCAUAUCACCGUUCCUGGACGCACUUUCCAUGUGAAGAGGCAUUAUCUGGAAGAAGUCCUUGAAGAAAUCACUCAUAAUCUGACGCCGGGGGCUCUAUCUGGCCUCAUUCAGGAACCUCUUACAAAGAGAUUUCUCGAUGUCCAUUUUAAAGCUUUUGGGGAGCCCGAGGAAGGAGACGCAAUGAGGGAACAAAUUUUACCGCCUGUAUCGUCCCUUGACGGGCAAACAGUACCUUGGGGGUUAAUUUCUGCGGCUGUCCUCUCAGUACUAUCAUCGACUCAGACAGGCUCUGUUCUUGUCUUUGUUCCCGGUAUGCAAGACAUCUUCAACGUGGAGAAGCACAUCACAAAUUUCAGCUCUGAACUGGGAUUGAACUUCGACGACGACAGUCGGUUCAGAUUAGUCAAGCUUCAUGCACAGUUGCCACAGGAGCAGCUCGAGUUGGAUCGCAAAAUGCCUCACGGUUGUCGAAGAGUCAUCAUUGCAACUGACAUAGCCGAGGCAUCCCUCACCAUACCAGAUGUGCGAUAUGUAAUCGAUUCUGGCAAGGUAAAUCAGGCUGGUUUCGAGGCUCUCACGGCAACUGAAUCUAUAACGCCUUGCUGGAUCAGUCAGAACGCUGCAUUCCAACGGGCAGGGCGUGCGGGAAGAGUUCAGGCUGGAGAUUACUAUUUUCUUGGGCUUCGAAAGCGUUUUGACUCCCUUCCAACGUCCAGAGCCACAGAGAUCAGGCGGAAGGAUCUCCAACCAUUCUGCUUGCAACUCAAACGAUCAACUCCUGGAAUUCCAGGGACCAUCUCAGAGCUACUUGGGCGAUUGGUUGAACCACCAGAGAGAUCAGAGGUUGACGUUGCAGUAGCUGCUUUGAAGGACUUAAAAGCGCUGGAGGAAGACGAAGAAGUUACCGAUCUGGGUCACAUUUUAGAUGACCUAAAUGUACAUCCAACCUAUGCCAAAUUGGCUGUUUUGGGGAUUAUUUUUCAGUGUUUGGACCCUAUGGUGAUCUUCGCAGCGCUCGGGGGUCAUAUGAAUAUCUUUGUGCGGUCUCUCAACUCUGAGAUGGCGGCGAAGAUAAAGAAGUCGCGCAUGGCUUUUGCCCCGGAAGCAGCGAAUAUUCACUACGAAUACAUCCAAGCCUUCCGAGCCGUUCGAGAGGUGGAGCAUAAGCAAGGUUCUUUGCAAGCUGCUCAGUUUGCUCGUAACCGAUGGAUCAACUAUGGGCAGUUCAAAAAUGUUUUGCGAGAGACUGAGCGAAUCAUGGAGAGGUUGUCUCGCAUUCGAAUACCCGCCGGAAUGGACCCAGGAACGGAGCUGAACGUCCAGACUGCUAGUGGGAGACUCGGCAACGCCUUGAUGAACACGAAUUCAGACCACCUCCCUCUCAUAAAAGCACUGGUAACGCAUUGCCUCUCCCAUCAUUUGGCCGUGAAAUUCCCUGGCGGGGCAUCCUUCAAGUCCAAACAUACAACGAUUCCCGUCAAAUUGACCAAGGAAGAAGCAAAGAAAACUUUCAGUCCGCGGCAAAUCUUAUGCAUUUUCAACUACUUAUGGUCAAUGGCAAAUAAAACUACAGUCAUGAAAGAAGCAGUCAACGUCCGCCCGUUAACGGCGGCCCUCUUUGGGAACGGGUUAGAACGAACAGCCGAAGGCGAGCUCAUUUUGAACGACUGGGCGACCUUGAACCCAGAAACUGAAAUGAAUAGUGACAAAACUCUUGAGGACGUGGUCCAGCUACACAAAAUCUUCAAUGAGGCUCUUGAGACUGUCUAUACGACCAUGUCUCUCAAAAGACCGCUGUCUGAUAAAUCUCAAGGAGCUCUGUCCAAUUUAUGCAAUCAGCUUGUGCAAGCAAUGACGGCGGUCAUUGAGACAGAUGCCCCACGGCCACGUCACCAAGCUCCCGCCAAAUGGGAUGACGAGGGUGUUUUUGUUGACGACCUAGAAGACAUGGACUGGGAGGAUUCUAGUAUCGCCCUUUACUCCAUCGGCCUCAUCAUAUACAAUGUUUACUUCCACCCUCUUUCCAAAUACCCAGGCCCAAAGUCAAUGGCUGCCACGCGUCUUCCCUACAUGCGAAUGAUCAUGUAUGGUCGUUCCCCACAAAAAAUAAAGAAAUUGCAUCAGCAGUACGGCGAGGUAGUUCGUAUUGCCCCCGAUGAGCUUUCCUUUAUCCAUGGUGAUGCCUGGAAGCCCAUCUAUGGUACUCGUGUUGGCCACAGCCAGAAAAUGAAGGAUCACCGGUUCUAUGCACCAACCGGCAAUGGAGCUCCGAGUAUCAUUCUCUCCAGCGAUGCAGAUCACUCUCGCUUUCGUCGUUUGUUGUCACACGCAUUUUCUGACAGCUCGUUGCGUGAGCAAGAGCCUAUCAUCAAGGGCUAUGUUGACCUUCUGAUGCAGCGUCUGCGUGAGAACAUCGCUUGUGGGAAAAGCGCCGUUGAUAUGGUUGCCUGGUAUAACUUCACGACAUUUGAUAUCAUUGGGGACUUGGCUUUUGGUGAGCCAUUUGACUGUCUGAAGAAUUCGAAUUACCAUCAAUGGAUUUCCAUCCUUUUCGGCAAUAUCAAAAUGAGCUCUUACUCAAAUGUCGCUCGGCGAUUUCCUGGAUGGAAGUAUUUCCUCCCACUGAUUGCCCCAAAGCAUAUCGUGUCUCAGAAAGAAGCUCACAUGGCAUUGACCACGGCAAAGGUCAACAGUCGACUGGGAAAGUCAAACGAGAGACCUGAUUUCUUCGCUAAUAUCUUGAAGCACAACAACACUGAAAAGGGGUUCAGCAUUCCGGAAAUGAUCACGAAUGGUAGUACUCUGAUCAUUGCCGGUUCUGAGACUACUGCGACUUUACUUUCCGGCGUGACAUUUUUGUUGUUAAAGAACCCCCGCGUGCUUGCGAAACUUCAGGAUGAAAUCAGAUCCGCGUUUACACAGGAGGAAGAGAUCACGCUUGAGAACUGCAACAAGCUGGAGUAUUGCCUUGCCACGCUCACUGAAGCUUUGAGAUUAUAUCCUCCCGUUGCGGCUGGACUUCCACGCAUUGUCGAUGCUCAGGGCGACAUGAUUGCCGGGAACUGGGUCCCCGGAGGUACCAUCGUCUCCGUCUCUCAUCUAGCCGCUAGUCAUUCGCCUACCAAUUACACCGACCCGGAGCAAUUCGUCCCAGAGCGUCAUCUAGGUGAUACUCGCUAUGCAAAUGACAGCAAAAUCGCAAUGCAGCCGUUCAGCUUCGGUCCUAGAAACUGUAUUGGACGAAACCUUGCAUAUGUUGAAAUGCGCAUCAUACUCGCUCGUAUGAUCUUCAAUUUUGACAUGGAGUUGGAGCAACCAGGACAUAACUGGCUUGAACAAGAUUGUUUCCUUCUUUGGGAUAAACAUCCGCUCAUGUUAUAA